CCUCGUGGCAGACCGGCGCAUUUCGGUCUGCUGGGGUACGUGCGUUCGGGUGGUCGUUGAGCUUCAAAUUAUGCAGAAAUAAUGGGAUGUGUUUGCGCAAAGGAAGUUGUGAGCAUAGGUGACAAGAGGUACAUCAUCCGGGAUAAGAUUGGCGAAGGGGGAUUCAGCAUUGUCCAGCUGGUAGAAGAUGCAAUCAGCCACAAGCUUUAUGCCCUUAAAAUCUGACCUGUCAUAGCAAGAAUGAUCUUAAGGUGGCCCUGCAGGAGGUGGCCUUCCACAAACAGCUUCACCACCCCAACAUCCUGGAAUGUUUGGGGUCAGAGGUGACUGGGGAGCCAGACUUGGCCUCAAACCAGACUGGCCAAGUGAUGCUACUGUUACCCUAUCUACCGGGAGGCACGCUGCAUGACGAGCUAUCGGUGCGCGCCGCCGAGCGGCGCCACCUGCCUGAGUCAGAGGUGGUGCGCCUGUUCGCUGCUGUCUGCGAGGGGGUGCGAGCCAUGCACGAGUCGCGCCCGGCGCUGGCGCACCGCGACCUCAAGACGGCCAACGUGCUGCUGUCCACAGACGGUUCUCCCGUGAUCAUGGAUCUCGGCUCGAUGGCCGAGGCGCGGGUUACGGCCGAGACGGGCGCUGUGGCGCGCCACCUGCAGGACCUGUGCGCCGAGCGUUGCAGCAUGCCAUACCGGGCGCCCGAGCUGUUCAACAUACAGGCCGGCCACACGCUGGACGAGCGGACCGACAUCUGGAGCCUGGGCUGCGUGCUGUACGCGCUGUGCUUCUUCAAGUCACCGUUCGAGGCGGCGCACGAGCGCGGCGACAGCGUGGCGCUGGCCGUGCUGGCCGGCACCGUGCACGUACCGGACGACUCGCCCUACUCCCAGGACCUGAUGGACCUGAUCCGACGCCUGCUGACCGUGUCGGCCGCCGACCGACCCUUCAUUGGCGAGGUUCUGGACGCGGUGAAGGCGCUGGCCGCUAGAGGCGACAUGGGCGGCGACGGCGCCAUCCACACACCCCAGCCGCUGGUCACGUGACCUCCGGGUCCGCCACGUCCCAGUCACGUGAUCUUCAGAUAUGUCGGCUGACCUCCGUGGACUGAACGGCGGCUGGUCAGGGUUGAGCAGCACCGAAUGACGAGACGCCAGCGACCGCCGGCUCUGCGGCCUCCGGGGCCGGGCGUCGGUCAUGUCAGUGGCCGAGGUCAGCCAGCCGCCCCUCACGUGGCGGACGUCACUCAGGCGCCAGGGCGCUCCGUCAGCCGCCGACCAAGUAAUCCAUGCUUGGUGGGCGUUGCCCGCUGGUUCCGCGACCAACUGACCUCCGGCAGCUGCCAGUCAGGUGGCACAGACCGCUGCCAGCCACCGCUGGUUGCGUUUUCGUGGUAUUUUGCGUCCAGGGUCACCGCGCUCCACCAUAACAAAUCGGAUCGCGUUUGCCACGUGUAUACCAUUUGCUUGGAAUGCGCCACCAAGCCACGCACAUUCCGGUGGUUGUAAAGCGCAUGAGUUGUUCUGCGCAACACCAAAGUUUUACGAAUUCUUGUAGGUUGUUCCGCACCUUUUGUGGAUAGACUGUCUCGCAGCCAGCCCAGUUUCUGCCCGGGGGUGCUCUCGUACCGCAAUAAGAACCUCUGCGGCACUACCUACCACUGUUCGCCUCGCUGUGGCGCCUGAUACGAGUGGAGAUGGUCCCAGACUGUUGCGCGUGUCACGCGCUAGUAACAUACCGAUGCGAAGCUUGACUGAUGUCUGUGUGCCCCGCGGACAGUGCGGUUGUUCUGUCAGUCUGUCGCCGCUCUCGCUACUGAUCUCGGCGGCAGUUGGUUCUUGUUUCCAUGGCGCGAGGUGACGAGCAUGUGCAUCGCGCUGCAGUUCUUUCGAUAGGACGUCGUGAGGCGUCUGAACCGCGGCAUGGUGCCGCACAGUCGCUAGAGCUAGGGCGUUGGUUUAUCUGCCUUGUAAAUCACGAGAUUAUUUGCCGGUGUGUGUUGCCAGGGCGUGUUACCGGAAGAGACUGGUCGCAACGGCCAGUAGGACUGUGUGUCUCGAGGUAGACGGCCUAUACAGGCCUACGGCGUACAUCUGAUGACUUGGCCUUAAGUGCAGCAGGAACGCACGCUGGGGUGCUUGGGUUUCCAUCCAGCCUCCACUUUAUCCUUGUGUCAACGUUGGAUCCACAGACUGCGACAUGCUAAUGUAAUACAGUGGAUGCCGUGCCA